AUGGACCGCGCCCAGCAACGGGAAGCGUUCAUUCGUGGGCAGGUGAGAAAUGAAAAAAAGAACUUAUUUUUUUGAAAUUAAAUAAUGAGACGUUUUGCCACGUAUUUGAUGACGAAAAAAACGUGAUGUCGUGUUCGAAAAAAAUAAUAUAAAAAGGGUGGAAACGUGGGAUUUUUCAAUUAUGUCAUCCAAAAUGGAAGACGUGAUUCAGCACGAGGCUCUCCACAAGGCCAUCACCAAGUUCGAAGUCCCGUUGAAACCGAAACAUGCCCGGACGAUCGUCGUUGGAACCCACCGCGAGAAGUUCGUUUUCCCCGCGUUUUUCUAUUUUCCGGGUUGUUUUUUUUGAAGUUUUAGUGUGUAUAACUGUUUACUCUGUAAAUAUCUUGUUUUUCCGAAUUUUCUACUCUUUUAAUGUAAAAUUAGCUUUUUUUCGGAAAAAUUCAACGCGAUUUUUACUACGAAGUUCGUGUGAAUUAUGAAAUUUUCUAUUUUUUCUGUAUAUAUCUUCUAACAAUUUCUUUCCGCUGUAAACAUGCUCAUCUUUUUGCUUUUAGGCCUUUUUUUAAUGAAAAAAACGUGAUUUUUGGAGGAAUCAUUUCUAAAAAAAUUGAACUAUUGAGCAAAAAUUUUCCCCAGAAAAAAAUUGAAAAAAAGUCUAGGUUUUAGGUCUAUUUUGAACUAUUUUCAUGGGAUCGAGAGGGUUUCCAUAGUUCAUACCGGUUUUAUAAAAAUUUUUACGGGGAAGUUUUGUUUUUCAAUUUUUAGGCUUCAUUUUCAUGCGAAAUUUGCGAAUUUUUCAAAAAAAUCAUAUUUAUUUAUAGUAUAAUUUUGAACUUCUAUGACAUUCCUCAACAGGAAAAAUAAUUUAGCAACUUUUUUUCAUAAGAUUUUUUUAAAGCUUAUAUUUUUUUCUCGAAAAAAGAGAAAGAAAACUUUUAAUUUCGACUCGAAAAUUGAUGUUUUUUUGGUCUUUUUCCCCUUGAAAAACGUUCAAAAACAGAUUUUUAACCGCUUUUUUCAGGUCCUCAAACAUUUUUUGGAACACGGUUAGUCGGAUUCAGCUCGAGAAACACCCGGUGUUGGCUUGGAAGGUUCGAAAUUUUAUUAAAAAUGCCAUAAAAAUAUAUAUGUGUUCUAGUUCUGCCAUAUCGUACACAAGAUCCUCCGCGAUGGUUAUAGAAAGUGUCCGGAAGAGGCUUUCAGGUAGAAAUUGAAAUUUUCAGACUUUAUGGUUCAUUUCGUGAGGUUACUGGAAUGAAAAGCUCUGGAAAAGGUUGAAAAAAUAAGUUUUGAACAGUCGGUGGCUCAGUUUUCCGGAGAACUUGUGCUCUGUCUUGAAAUAUCUAGUUUCAAACUUCUUUAUGAAGUUUCAACGUUUCAAUACGGCUAAAAAUAGUCAUUAACACAUUUUUUUUGUAGUGGUACUAGGUUGAAACUGGCGGAAAGCACAAAAAAAUAAAAAUGAAGCCGGGAUUGAAAGUGUACCAAAAUAUUUGUAGCAGAUUCACGGUUAGCUUAUGAAAAAAAAGGGGCGUGGUCUGUCUGCGCUCUCCACCAACCAGGCACUGUCUCUUUUUUAUAUUCAAAAUCGUGUCAAGGCCAUUUUACUAUGGCUCAAGCCAGCCCUGAAUCUGCUAUAACUAUAGUCUUCAGUCCUAGGCCGAAAUCAUUGAGAAAUCAAGACGGGAUUACUGUUUCAUCAAGGUUUUUGAAUUGGAUAUGAAAAAAAUUAGCUUUUUAAUAUUCCUAUCGAAUUGACUUUAUCGACGCUCAUUCGUUUUGGGAUUUCUCUAUUUAAAUAUGAAUUUUUUUCUCAAUUUCAUAACUUUUUGAACUGUUCGAAUUCCUUUUUUAAAAUCUUACUGGGAAAAUUUUUAGUGGCCCCUAUAGAAGCUUCCCAAGGACUACUUGGACACGACACUAUAGUGGCCACUAUUUUCCGUUUUAGUGGUCACUAUAGAGGUUCUCUAUUUAGUGGCCACUUCAAUAGUUUUCAAUCCAAUAUUCCUUCCAGUAACUCUGAUGAUUUUAAAACAAACAGAUUGGACCAGUUAUGUUGAUCAAUUGACCCCUAAAGUGGCCACUUAAAUUUUUAGUGGUCUAGUAGUAGCACUUAGACCUCUACAGUGGCCACUAAUUUUCAACCCCUUAAGUAGCCAGUAAUUUGACUAUUGUAGUGUCCACUUAAACGUCAAAACCCUAUAGUGGUUACUAAAAAUUUUCGCAGUAAUUUGGCAUUUUUGUGUCCUUCAGAUAUGAAAGCCGAUUCACGAACUUGGCUCUUUUCUGGAAGCAUUUGAACACGAGCGGCUACGGACCCUGUAUCGAAGCCUACUGCAAAUUGCUCCAGGAAAGGAUUAUCUUCCACAACAGGGUGAGCGGAAAAAAGAGAUUCAAAAAAAAAAAUCCGAUUUUCCAGUACCCAGUCGUGCCGGGAAAGCUGGACUUGACGGAAAAUCAGCUAAGAACUCUGGAAUGUGUUCUGGAUAACAUGUUUGAGAUGACCAUCGAUAUGCUCGACCAGAUGGACAAUUUGCUCGAUUUGCAGCAAAAAGGUGCGUUUUUUGCGCGAGAAAUGGGAUUUUUCGGACGAGAAAUUUUCAUUCACAAAAUGCAAAAAAGUGCGCUGAAUAGCUUGAGGGGAGGGUAGAAAAAAGUUUGUGUUAUAAAUUUGAGGCGAUGAAAAAAGAGAUAUUAAAAUAGUUUACAAAAAUUUGUAGUCUGCUCAGAUUUUGAAUGUCACGUAGAGUGACGUCAUUCGAAAGCGCUCUGUGAGUGGCUCGCUCUCUGAUUGGUUUAACUCGCCAAUAGGGGCGGGGCUUGAGCGGCGAAUUGGUGUUCAAAAAUAUAUACAGGCUAUGAUUUUUUUAAUUUUUUUUAUAAUUCAUAAUAAUCAUUUACAAAAAAAUUUAAUAUUAUAUAAAAAUAUCAAAAAAAGCAAAAAUUUUUCAUCCUUAAUAUGAAUUGAAGGGUUCCAGGGGAAGGUAAAUCAAUCAAUAAAAUGGGGAAAAAAAAAAAUUGAGAUCAAGAAAUUUAGAAAUGAAAAUAAUGACAACGCAUCAACGUCUACGUUAAUUUUUUUUUGUAUGAUUGAAAAAAAAAUUUUUCUCGAACGCCGUUCUUCCAUAAAAUUACGGACCUUUGUGCUAAUAUUUAGGCAAAUAAUUAUUUUUUGAAGCGUGAAAAAAAAUUAUCGUCUUGCAAAAGAGACAAUUUUGUGUGAAGAUUUUUAAAAGUCAGCCCAAAAUAUCUCUGAAAAUAAAAAAAAGAUCAUUGAUAGUUGAUAUCUGCCCAAAUUUUAUGAAAUAAAUGUUUAAAUUCGCAAAUAAGGGUUUAAAGUAGCACUUCUGUAUGAAUGUGAACUUUGUUGAUUUACAUUUCACAAGCUAAAAUUUUGCCAAGGUAGCGAAAUUUAAUUCGAGAUUUUCAGAGCAAAUUUCAAAAGAAAUGCUAAGUUUGUGUAUCUAUUUUAACCCGCUAACCGUCGAAACAUACCAGUUGAGGAGAAAAAAAUAAAUUUCUUUUUUAAAAUCCGAAAAUUUGUGCUUACUUUUUUACUUCCGCGCUCCGCAGUUCAGAAAUUCAGUUCCGCCCACAUCUGAGCCAUAUUCUUGGGAAUGACUUCAAAAGUUUCAGUGUACGACAUGCUGUUGUCCCUGAGAUGGAGCUCGUUGAUCCCGCAAGGUCAGUGCAUGCUGGCCCCGCUGAUCAUCGUCAUCCUGGACUCGAGCAAGUUCUACGACUACCUCGUAAAAAUGAUCUUCAAGCUGCACGCCAGUGUGCCCGCGGACGCCUUGGAAGGCCAUCGACAAAGAUUUAUUGUGAUUCCGAGGAAUUGUCCCCAAAUUACAUGUAGAAAUGUAGGAGGUGUUCCGAAGGACCAAGAAGUUCUACGAGGAGUCGAGCAAUCUGCAGUACUUCAAGUAUUUGGUGUCCAUCCCGACCCUUCCAUCGGUGAGUUUUAAUCUCCGCAAGGAUUUACGGAAAAUAGGAGAUUUGAGAGGCUUGGCUCGGGUCCACUUUAGGGUUUUUAUUUUAUGGCGAGGACCCUCAUCAUCAUUCCUACAACCUUUCCGCGAGUUGGGGCUGCUGUUUUUCUCUGCGCCCUCCUCGUCCCUUAGCGACACUUUCAUUUUGAAGUUCUAUUUUCAUGUUUCUCUAGCCUCGCCGGUGAGGGAACAGAGAGACGCAGACACGCGAAAAAAUUCUUUCGAGUUGCGGCAGGAAGGCUAUGUAAUUAGAAUAGAAAAUAAUACAGGAAAAUUUAUCUUUUUAAUGGAAUCCGGAUGCUUAAGAAUGCUUAUAGUCAGUUUCUCGCGACUCGACGACUCUCUCUCGUUUACGUGGUAUUUCCCCGCUUCUCUGACCUCGCCGGUGAGGGAACAGAGAGACUCAGACACGCCAAAACUGUCAAGUUGCGGCAGACGGACUUUACCAGCUUCAGAAAAUUCUCAAAACUUGCACUUUUGAACUAAAAGUAAAAUGGCGUCAUGAUAAGUUUAUCUAUGUGGAGCGCUCUGAUUUGCUUGUACCGGCAUUAGGGGCCGGGCUUAAAUGACGCUUCGACAUUCGGAUUCUGUGAAGACCAUUCUUACAACCGUAACUGAACUAAUUUUUCCAGUCGGCACCCAACUUCAUGCAGCAGUCGGACCUGGAGUCGUACCGAACUCCGCACGCCUACCUGAGAUCCGAGGAGUCGGAGGACGGCACCAGCUUUCAGGAAGAGACGCUGCUCAAUUUUGACAACGAUGACGCGUCCUUCCAACAAGCCAGUCCGACUAGCCAGACUGAUGCGAGGUCGAGGAUUAGAGACUCUUUAGGAAGAUUAUUCAGUGGAUGUGACCCGUUUAGGCAUUAUUAGUUCGGAAGUAACUUUGGAUGAGGUCGAAUAAAAAUUCGAAAGCGUUUGAAGACCAUAAGCUUAAUUUUUUUUUCGAAAUUAGCAUCAUUUUUCCAGUGUAAUUAUAUCAAAUUAUCAUGUAAUCACAAAAAGUACGUUUGAAAAAUGGUUUUGAACAUGGCUGCGGCUAUUUUAGUUGUGUCUAAAGAUGAUUCCCGAUUUUGAGUUAGUUUAAUUGAUCUGAAUGAACUAAAUGGCAGUUUUCUUAUCGGAAUAUGGCAUGCUAUAAAGUACGGACGUUUACAAAUUUAUGAAAUUUAUGGAAAUGCGACCGCUUUUUUAUGCUUUUUUAUGCUUAUUAAUAUUUUCAUUUUUUUUUAGGGAAGAACAAAUAAUCGCUCUCCAAAGAUCGUUGGAAGACGAGCGUUUCGCCAAAGAAAGAUUGAUUCAGGAGGUUUUGAAAGUCGAGAUUUUAUUCAAAAAGAUUCUUUUUGAGGCUCGAAGCCGCAUCGAACAGUAUGAAAACCGUCUUGUCCAAAUGCAAAACGAGUGCGACCAUGCCAGGCAGGAAGUCGAUGAACAUCGAGAAGAAAGAGAUCGGCUCAGAAGUAGGCAUUUGAAGGGAAAUCGAGUCAUACCUAGAAACUCCAGGGGGUCGCUAUAGGGACAACUUUAGAAGCCCUUGAAGGUUCCCCUCUAGGGACCACUUAUUGAAGUUUUUGAAUGGAAAAUAUCAACAGAGUAUGAAUCGAUCAAGUUAUUAUUUUGAAAUUUCAAAUCUUAAACAGAAGUUUAAAAAAACCCUAUAGGGACCACUUGAGCUUUAGGGUCUUUGAGGUCAGUUCCUGAAGCCCUAUAGGGACUACUCAGUCGUUUCUAAGUAUAACUGAUUUACGGCUGGCUUGAGCCAUCGGCCAAAGGGUCCUGACACGAUAAAAGAAGAGACAGUGAUUUCUUGGUGGAGAGCGCAGACAGGCCACGCCCCUUUUUGUCCCGAGCUAGUCGUAAAUCGGCUAUAUAUCGCUUUUGUCAACCGUUUUCUCAAUUUUCAUCCAUUUCAAGAGAAUUCUCAUUUUUUUUUUUUGAUUUACAUUUUGACGGGUAAAACUUAUGAAAAGCUUUUUUUUAAACUCAAAAGAAAUUUAAUUAUUUCAGACGUUUUGUGAUUUUUUCUGAAAUAUAGCCAUCAAAAGGUAAUUUUUUCCUGGAAUUUGAUAAAUUUUUCGAUUUUAUAUUGCAAAUCUAUAGCAGUGGUAUUUUUUUGUCAGUUUUGAGAAAUUUGUGGAGAUAAAAAGCGCCGAAAUUCUGAUUAAAAGUUGGAAAAAACUUCUUCCCAAUAUUACUGCAACAGUUUGAACUUUAAUUCGAGAAAUCUAUUCAAUUUUAAUGUUUCAUCCUCCGUUUCUGUUCAAAACCAGCUCUAUAAAUUAUUAUAAUUUUUAAAAAGGUUUUUUAAUCCAUUUGAAAUUUAUAAAUAUAAACUGUUUAAUUUUUUUGUAAAUGUUCAGAUGAGUUGAUGGAGCGCGACGUCUCCAGAAUCCAGAGCGACGACGCCCGAGUCAAGGAGGCUGAGGCCAAGGCGAAAGCCUCUGAAGAUCGAUUUGGAAAAAUGAAGGCCGUCUAUGAGAAGUUCCGAUUGGAACAUGUUCAGGUGGCUGGAGGGUCUUGAGAAUAAGAAAUAAAUAAAAUCUCAUUGAAAAAUUGUGAUAUUUUAGAUGUAAAUUUUAAGGAAUUUGCUCAUUUUUUGAGAAAAUAUUCACUUAUUCUCUUGGAUUUCAAUUUUAGAAAGUGAAUUUCAGAAUUUAUGUGGAAAAAGUUGUGUAGAAGCAUUAUGAAGUUCCUAAGGAGCUCUAGAAAAUUAAAAAAAGAAAAAUUUAUUUUUUUGGGCGGAUUAAAAAGAUAUUGUAGUUUUUUUGAAAAAGAAAAAUUGAACUUUUUGCAAUUUUUUUUCUCUUUUCUAUGAAAAAUUACUGGUAGGAUAAUUUUAGUUAUUAUUUAGAAAAAGACGAGAAAAAAAGCAAGAAAAAUGGAAAAAGUGUCAGAAAAAAAUAUAAUUACACAGAAUUAUCCAGACGAUUCGAAAUUUUACAGGCUCUGACGAAACUCGGCGAGCUUCAGAAGCAGUUGGAAGCCAGUGACAAGCUAAAAAUGGAUAAAGAAGAAGAGGUUCAAUAGAAACUGACGAUGAAAUCAAAUCUUGACUUGAAGUUGACGGCCCUCCAUCGGAAAGUCGAAGAAGCUGAACGGGAAGCCGCUCGGGCCACGGCCCAAGCGGACGGCGAUGCGUCUGUCGUCGAGGAUCUACGAUCUCAGCUCGCCAAGGCCGAUAUGCAGCUGGAGGAGCUAAGAAGAGUUGGUUUUUGGGACGAUUUAAGAAAAAAAUAAUAGUAAAUAGAGUUCAAUUUCAGAAAAAAAUAUGUUCUAGAGUUUUUGAGAGCUGAGUAACUAUUUUUUUGCUGAAAAAUUUUACAAAAAAAGGGAAUUUUUUUAUAUGGAAUAUUGACUAGAUUCCGAAAAAAAUCACAAAAAUCAAAACUUUGGGAAAAAAAUUUUUGUUGAAUUUUUUUGAAAGAAGUAUGAAAAAAAUUGGGUGAAUUUUACAUUUUUUAGCCUUUUCGGUAUUUGUUCGUUUUUCAGAUCAAAUUGCUUUAUGAGAAUGAAGAUUUACGAAUGAAUGAUUAGUAUACGAAAAAAAAUAACCAUUUAUUCAAAUAAUUUCGAUCAAAAAAGACCCCCAUUUUUUUCUUGUUUCCAAAAUUUUGAACAAUUUCAGAGCCAAAAUUUGAGCUUUAUGCCGUGUUCAAAGUAAUUUCCGCGAAAUGCAAAAUACCCGUUAGAGAAAGGAAAAGAUCACUAAAUUUUGGAGAGUCAGAGAUCAUUUUGCAUUUCGCGGAAAUUACUUUGAACACGGCAUUAGUAACUUUUCAAUCGAUUAUGCUCCUUAUUAAUUUCUCAAAAACAAUUUUCAGACAAUGGAAAAUGAGAAAGCGAAGCACGAAACUGCCUUGGUGCAGUCCGGAGAGAAAUAUGAUGAUGAGAAGCAGCAGAUUGAGCGCCAAUUUGACCGUAUGCUGGAUUUCGAGACGAUUUUUGAUGAAAUUCUAUGUUUCAGAAAGUUUGAGGAACGGAGUUUUGGCCAUGUUCGAGCGUUGCGACGAGGAGCUGCCCAAUGCAACUUCUAUUUCUUAUCCACCGCGUUGGUUUUUAUUUUAUUUUCAAGGAAAAGUGAUAAGUUCAAGGCUUUAAAUCUGGGUUAGAAAUUUUCAAAUUAGGAAAAAUCUCUGGGAAAAACUUUCGUUUUUAAAGGUUUAUUAAUUGAAAUAAAAAAAUCUUGAAUCCCCUGAUAGCAUGAAAAUGAAACAAAAUGUUUUUUUUUCGUUUUUCGUUCAUAUUUGAUCUUUUUUUAAUGAAUUUUGUGCUGAAAUAAGGGCAAGAGAGUCUUUGAAACGUUUUUUCCUUCAGAUUUGGCCCAAUCGGCUAUGGCAACAGUCCUCUCGCUCCUGGCUGACCUUCCCUCGAAGGGACCCAAUCAGACAGUUUACGCGGGUCAUGUCUUGGCCUCUACUCUUGUCGCUUCGGCCGCUGCCGCCUACACUGCCAGCAUCCAGCAUUACGAAGGUCCUUAAGAAAGGAAAAUUGGCAGAUUGUGAUUUAUGUGAAAGAAUCAUUCACACGAAAAUCCAGACCCUACUCGAAGAAAAAGUGGAAUGAAUCAUGAAUUUCGUGAUCAAAGGAAAUUUAAAAAGAAGUCUUAGAAGUAUAGGUUCUCGUUGUAAAAAUUCGAAAAAAAUAGUCCAUUUUUCUAAAUUUUGAAAUAUUUAAUAUCGAAAGAGUAUUUCAAAAAAAUGGGGCAGUUAGGCUUGCUUCAUAAAUCGAAGGUUCGAGAGGGGGAAAUUAUGGUUCUGCGUAGAUUUUAAUAAUUGGUUUUUCAAGCCGUUUGCUAAAUUUACAAGAUUAUCAGGCUCUACUUUUUGAAUGGAGACGCUUUUGCUGAAAAUGCAUAGAAUUUGCAUGAUUUCAGGCGUCAAUGACCAGUGUAAGUUGGUGUUGGCAUCGGCGAAAAAGGCGAUCGCCACGUCGGACGGCGACUUCGACACGUUGCGGCACAACGCUUCGAAACUGAACGAUCUUCUCGUUGCGCUGCCCUUGCAGACGGACAUUGAUAAGGUAUCACUAAAAAAAGCUAAGAAGUUGAAGAAUUUUAAAAAGAAACCAUUUUAUACUCCGUCGAUUUAUUAUUUUUAAUAAUUCAAUGAAUUUUUCAUUUUUUUGGUUCCUUAGGAAUUCUGUCGAAAAAGGCGGUGAAAUAGAUUUUUUCUUAAAAAAAUUUUUUUAAAAAAACUGUAAAAAGUUAGGAAAUAGCUCAAGCAAAGUCGGAAUGGUGGAUAAUAGCCGCAAAAAGACAGCAAAAAUAGUCUUUCUACCAAACCUCUCAUUUUUCUGAGACUUUAAAGGCUCAAGAAAUAAUCGAAAUAAGGAGAGGUAGCAGAAAUGGUGCAUAAGGGCCGAGAAAAUGGCCCAAAAAGGCAAAUAGGAGACUUUUUCACUCUUUCCGACUUUGCGUAUAAAAAAAUAUUUUUUUAAAAAAAUAAACAUGUUUUUCAAGACAAGAAAUAAGUGUAGUAAAAACUCCAGGACGUGGUUGGAAGUGAGCUGGAGCAGGAGAUGAAGAGAAUGGACGAAGUGAUUCGUCGCGCCGUCGAAGAAAUCGAGGCGAUCCAGAAGAAAGCCAGAGAGAAUACGACAGGCCAGAGGUUUGUAUGAAAAGACAGAAGGAGGAUAUAUAGUUGAUCCUCCUCAAAAUCAGACAUGGGCAGAUCAUUUUUGAAGGCCAACCUCUGGAAUUUGAAUAGAUUUCACUCAAAGUUUCUGUAAUUCAGCUCUUUCUCCUGGACUAUGAGUUUUAGUUUUUAUUCAAAUUAAACUUUGCGAUUUUCACCUCACUUUAAGGCUCAUACAAGAUUUUUCGAUCUAAUCGUCGAAAAAAAUUAUCUUGCCUUGAAGAAAGGGAUUCCCGAUACAAUAUUAUUAGGAACUUGUGUUUCAAACUUCUUUUUUCCCGUCGAAAACCGCGACGCGAUGACUUACUUCUGUAGCCGUUUUUCCAUUGCCUUGUCUGAAAUUUUGAAUAUUUCCACCUCUUCACCUUUCAAAAGCAAGUUUCUUGAGAAAAAAUUUAUCAUAAAUGCAAGUUACCGAGGCUUUUACUUAAAUUGUUGAAUUUCUGACUUGAGGAAGUGUCGAUUUUGCAGGCUCGAAGUCAAUGAAUCCAUCCUCGGCUGUUGCCAAGCUUUAAUGUCAGCCAUCAUGCAGCUGGUUAUCGCGUCCAGAGAACUACAAGCUGAAAUCGUCGCAGCUGGAAAGGCCGGAGGCUCGCCGGCCGAGUUUUACAAGAGAAAUCACCAAUGGACCGAGGUUUUCCUACUGGAAACGAACGAUCUUUGAAAAGAGACUUUAAGGGCCUGUUAUCUGCAGCGAAGGCGGUUGGAGUGGCCGCUAAAGUGCUGGUCACCUCGGCGGAUGGCGUUGUAACAGGACAAGGUUGGUUCGAAGGGGUGGGAGAACUUUGAAAAAAAGCUUGAACCUCGGGAUUUAUUUUUUGCUAACUUACCCGUUUCGAGCUACGUUCUUGAUGUCACUAUCGAGUUUUCGCGGUUGCUCUUAAGCCUUUUGUUGUGAGAUAAUACUGAUUAUUAAAAUAAGAUACCUUGAACAGAAGAAUUUUCUCCCGCUCAACUCAAAAAUCCUGAAAAGUUGAAUGGAGUUGAUCCAAGAAAAGUAAAGCUUAUUGGAAAAAUUCAUUUUUUUAAUAUGAGAAACUAAAAAAAUUAAGAUCAGCAUUGAUUUCUCAACGUUUAUCAGUCAGAAAAGUAAUGAAGAAAGUAUUUCUGGAAAUUUGAAAGAAGUUAAUGCAAGUAUAACACUUUUUUUGAAGGAAGAAAAACGUUUAUAGAGAUAUUUUAAAACAACAAUUUAGAAAAUUCCGAAUCUAGGGUUUAAUAGAUUUCGGUUAUGAAUUAGUUUUUUUCAACAUAUUUUUCAAAUUUGAAGGUUUUCUCGUUUUUUUCUUUUCAAGGAUGAAAAAUGUUUUUUUGAAAUGUAUCAAAUAUGAAGGAAAAAAAGGCUCAAAACCCGGAAAAAUUGCCUUUUUGCUGCUAUUUGGACAAAUUCACACUUGAAAACGUAGUUUAAUUAUUGAGGUUUUUGCAUUUUUCCCUUUUAUGAAGUUUGGAAAAAAGUCAUGUUGAUUCUUUUUCAUUUUUUGCAACUUUAAACAAGAACUUUUUUUCAGGGAAGUUUGAGCAUCUGAUCGUCGCGGCGCAGGAAAUCGCUGCUUGUACGGCGCAAUUGUUCGUUUCUAGCCGUGUCAAGGCGGACCGAGAAUCGGCCAAGUGAGUGGGAAUACCAUAAAAACUAUAAAAUGAAGCUCCAUAAGGAAAAAAGGACAACAAAUAAAUCUACCGAACGACUGUGCGUUUGAAAGAUUGGAAAAAAUAAUCGAGUGUCAAUUUUUUGUGCGGUAAAAGCUGAAAAAAUUUGCCCUCCGUUUUUUUCUUUUUUCAAAUCGAAGCCAACUUGAAGCUGGAUAUUCAAUUCUUUACUCACUUUUUCUGUUUCUAGCUACGUGUUUCCGUCAUCUCUUUCGGAAUGAGAAAUUAUUGAUGAUGAAAAAUAAUAUUCCUGAAACCGAAGAUUUGUCACUUUUUUUCUUUUGCCAAAGUCAGAAAUGCUAAAAAAAUCUUGUAGAAUUUAGAUUAGAAUAUUUUUCAUUUAAUGUUUUAGUAUAAAUUGGAUUUGGAAGUUGUUUUUCUAUUUUUUUGAAAAAACUGUUUAUUGCAUCUUCAAUGUAAGAUUUUUUUGAAAGAUCUUUCUUAUUUUUAUAAAAAGCGCCUCGUAUGAGCAGUUACACAUAAUUGGAAUAAUUUUUUUCAAGCAGCAAGAGGAAUAGUAAUUUGUUUUAAAAAAUACAGAUUUAAAAGUCGAAUGUAAUUUUAUGUUGUUCUAUGACUCAAAAUAUCCGUUUUCUGUUUUUCAUUUCUUUUUUUUUCAACCAAAGGAAAAAAAAAUGUCAUUUGGCGCGCCCGAACCGUUCCGGGGCAAUACGAAUUAUUAUUUUUUUGAAGCUUUUUUUGCGUUUUGAAGCGUUUUUUUCAAUGAGUAAAAUCGAAUUAUUGGUGUUUGAACUUUUAGUUACGAUCCAGCCGUUUUUCAGUUUACGAGUCUUUUCAUGCUUUCACAGGAAUUAUGAUGUGUUUGAAAUGCUUACGUAAAGUUCGAAAUAGCCGCCAGAGAAAGAAAAUAGCUAAAUUUUGAAGAGUCAAAGAUAAUUUUGCCUUUCGCGGAAAUUUAAAUACGUAAAAUAGAUUUUGAAUGGAUUCAUAGACAAUUUGAACUGGAAGCGGUAGUUUUUAAAUUUGAUUUUGUUCCUGACUAAAAAGUUAUGAUUCCAGACUCGCGACCCUUUCCGUCUCCUCGAAAGCAGUAAACCAAUGUACGGCACAAGUCGUCGCUGCUGUCCAGAGCGGCAAAACGACGUUGAACGAUCAUGGUUUUUCGGAAAGAUCCAGCUUCCCAGAAAUAUCCCCAGCUUCUCAGGAUCCUUGGAUUUCUCUAAUCUGACACUUCAUGAGGCCAAGAAGGAGGAGAUGGAGUCCCAGGUUCGCAUGUUGGAGCUGGAGCAGGAACUCAACAAGGAACGAGCCAGACUCUCGGCCCUCAGGAAGAAGCAUUACCAUAUGGCUCAACUUGUUGCUGAUAAGGUUAGGAUGAAGAGGAAGUUUGAAAUAAGAAAGUGGAAUUAAUGUUUUUAAGGAAAGUAGGAAAAAGUUUGGUUUUUGAAAAAUUUUUGAAUGAAACAUUUUUUCGAAAAAACUAUAAAUUUUCUGAAAAAGGGAGUUUUUCACCUUGGAGCAAACUUGUUUGACUUCUUUGGAACUGUAGAAAUUGAGCCCCUGUACGGUGGAAAAAAAAAAGAAAAGAUGUCGAAAAGUUAUUCAGAAAAUAAAGAAAUUUCUAAUGAUUGCCUAUUCACCUACAUAAGAGCUCUUAGGACAAUUUUUCUUAUAUUUUCUUCGAAAAUCAUCCUCUUAAAAAUAACUUGAAUGAUUUUUGAACGAGAUAAAAUACGAUCAAAGAAAUCGAUUUUACGAAUUUCCUUCUCAAUGAUUUCUUUUUUUUUCAGGACAACGCUGGGGAAAACUCUUUCGAAAUGAUUGGAUGA